CCUCGUGUACAGACGUUCAUGUGAAGCGUGGUGACACUGAAUGUAUCUUAUAGUUGAGUCGUAUUUUGUUAAAUAUUCAUCAACAUGCAGUUAACACAUGUGCUAGAGCUUUAUCCUGACCACAGCGUGACUCAAAUGCUUUUCAAAGAGGUGAAAAAUGCCGCCGAGUUGAGACAAAAAGCCGUGGAGGGUAAAAUAUAUGCUGCCUUAAUCAACCCGACUAUGCUGGUGAAUCCUUUGCAAGUGCUGGUAGCUGCCAAUAAAGCUGUUCACUUACAGAAAAUUGGGAAAAUGAAGACAAGAAGUCUAUACUCGGAAAUAAUCUUCAACCUGUCACCUACUAAUAAUAUCUCAGAGGCCUUCAAAAGGUUUGGGAUCUCAGACGGGGAUGACUCUGUCAUGGUGGUUCUGGUUCACAACAAACAGGAGUCAAAGCUUCUAUCAGACAUCACAGCCCUGGUGGACGGACGGCAGGUUCAAGUGGAAGAUGUUUCCUCGCUGUCGGACCCCGCAAAGAUCAAAAAGCUUUACAAAGUCACUCCUCAGGAAGAGAAGAGUAGCACUCUGCUGGAUGCAGUUGUAUGCAGAAUGGCCACCAAGGAUGUCAUGUAGCUACAAGAGAAAAUAAG